CGAAACCCCAGCGCGCGGCGGUGUGCGGUGCCAGCGCAGCUGCGAACCUCGCUGUGGGAUUAAUUGUCGGAGCUGGGACGAGCCCUGCCGCGGGGCUGAGGCAACUGCUGCACUGCCUGCCGCCAGCCGCCGGCAAUGGCCAAUGAGGCCCCUCAGUCCGAGGCCGCCGAUGGCGCCGCGAACGAGACCGAGUUGCCCGAACAGGUGCUGUUCCGCUUCGUCACCGCCGAGGAGCCGAUCUACGGGAACACGUCCAUGGCGUCCCUGCUGGCCAACGCCACUUCUGCGCCCACAGUCUCCGCCGCCGAGUUGCAGUGCCUCCAGGCGGACGGAAAUGGAACUUCAGAUCCUCGACUUGGAGGCCUGGUCACGUGUAUGCCCGCAUGGGAUGGCUUGUCGUGUUGGCCUCGGACACCAGGGGAAUCCGUGGCGCUGGUCUCGUGUUUCUCGUCCCUCAACGGCCUGGACUACGACACAAGCCAGAACGCUUCUCGGCUCUGCUCGUCCAACGGCAGCUGGGCUGAGAGGUCCGACUACUCCAACUGCAUCCCCGUCUACGAGGUCGAGAGACCGAUUGACGGCACCACCAUCUACUACAUAGGGUACGGCAUGUCCCUCUGCGCACUCACCAUCGCCCUGUGGAUAUUCCUAUAUUACAAAGACCUGCGCUGCUUGCGUAACACCAUCCACGUGAACCUCAUGGUGACCUACUUCCUCAUCUCCAUCACCUGGAUCACCACCGCCACCUUGCAGUCCAUCCCAUCACCCGUCUAUCACAAGAGCGCCUGCUUUAUGUACGUGGUGCUCACGUACUUGAUGGGCACCAACUUCUUCUGGAUGUUCGUCGAGGGCCUUUACCUCUUCAUCCUGGUCGUCAAGACGUUCUCCAUCGAGCUGGUCCGGAUGCACGUCUACGCCUUCAUCGGAUGGGGCAUUCCGGCCGUCGUGGUGACAAUCUGGGCGGUCACCAAGGCAUACCUGAGCCCCAACCACAACGACCCGAACCUGUCCGACGGAAUGUGCGUGUGGCAGCUGAAAGACAUCUACGACUGCGUCUUCAUUGUGCCGGUCAUCCUUGUGCUCUUGACGAACAUUUUCUUCUUGAGCCAAAUAAUGUGGGUCCUCAUCACAAAGCUCCGCGCAGCCACAUCUGUGGAAUCUCAGCAGUAUCGAAAAGCGGCGAAGGCCCUCCUCGUACUCAUCCCGCUUCUCGGCGUCAGCUACAUCCUGGUCAUCUGGACGCCCCAGCACAAGACAGCCAAGGUCAUCUUCACCUACGUGCAGAUCACGCUUUUUUCAACCCAGGGUUUCACCGUUGCCGUCCUCUACUGUUUCCUCAACGGGGAGGUGCGCAACUCGGUGCGACAUCACCUGGAGCGCUGGAAGACGAUGCGGGCCCUGCGCCGCGGCGACCACGGCCGUCACUCGGGCGGCUAUCGCUACGGCUCGCACAAACCUUCGGCGCUGCAGCGGGGCAGCUGCAUCAGCUUCACUACCACCACCACGUCAUGCAUCGGCAACAGCCGCUUCCCCACCUCGCAGAGCAAGAGGCCCAGCAACGGCUCGUACGCUCACCUGCCCUUCAGGGACGACAACGUCUAACGACGCGCAUCAUCCACCAGCACCGUCUUCUUGCUCAUCCCGGCCACUGUUACUGUUCGAAGGCCUUGGUUCAAACAGACUGUCAUAUGCUGAUAAGAACAAUGAACAGCUAAUGGUUGGUCCUAUUGGAGCCACUGAAAUGUGUGUCUGAUGUGUGUUUCUGUCUGGUCAAAGGACGCCCUGCACUUCUUGCUCAUCCCUGUCCCGUCAACCAUCGUUCCUUCUGGAGUGCUUAAUCCUGGCCAUGGCAUCCAGUGAUGAGGGCCACUAUUCCUGUUCGAGGGCCCUGGUUCCAACGGACUGCCAUCUGCUUACAAGAAGGGUGAACAGCUAAUUGUCGGCCCUAUCAAAACAAUUAAGUGCGUGUUUGAUAAGUGUUUGUCCGUUCAAAGGGUGUCCUGCACUUCUUGCUCAUCCCUACCCCGUCAACUAUUCUUCCUCCUGAAGUUGUGGAUUCUGGUCAUGGCAUUCAGUGGUCGGGCUGCUCCUAGGGCUGCGACCGUUCGUUAUUGAUGUCCUGUAGUUUGUAUCUGAAGUGCAUACGUGUAUUUUUAGCUGGAGCGUGUGGGACUAAAGGGUGAAACGCUUGGACACCUUCCUGUCGAUCUUAUCCCAAAGCUAUGGACCCAGGUAUGGCCAUCUACGGGUGGACUUUAUUGGGACAACUUCGACCAUGUGCACUGAUGUCGUUGCGUUAUUAACUGCACCGUGCUUCUUGAGCGUGUGGCAACAUGCGACGAUGGGACACUUUAUCUUGUUAUGUUAUCCUGAAGCUAUAGUCUCUGGUUCGAACGUCUAUCUACUAAUGAACCUUACGUCAAUAACCACAAUAAUUUAUAUUGAUGUCCUGGUGUGUUUAAAUUAACUGUUUCCAGAGUGUGAAAGGGUCAAGAAAAAAUAGCCGGCGAAGCUUGCUCACUAUUUUAAUAAUGUCCAAGAUCUAUCAGCAUUGGUGGUUCCAAUGUUUGCUGAUGAUCACCGACCGCGCUCGUAUUAAUGUCUCGAGAAGUGUACUCCUGGUGUGAUAUAGACCCUGUGGGGCAGCGGAUGAUCACCUUGUGUUGUAAAUACACUCGCAUCGCUGUGACUCUUCAAAAGAAAUGGGCUCAUCUUGCCAGACCUGGCCAUAGACGGUGCCGCAUUCAUCACUGAAAGUAUGACUCAUUUCAUCUAUGUCCGGGAGUGUGUAUCUAGAUUGAAUGCAUACUGGUUGAAAGAUUCUUCCC